AUGGUGGCUUUCAGGAGACGAAUGGCCGAGAGUAAAUUGGGAGACGUGUGCGAUGCUGGGCUAUUCGGGCUGAAGGGAGCUCCAGGUCACUUUGUGAAGGUUUGGGCCAUGCUUGAUGUUAUUGCGCCGCUGCGAUCGCAGCUCUUCGCGACUAAUCCUAGCGUGGGGAAGUUCUGGAUAACCUUGGUGUAUGAGCACCUCCCAUUGUACUGCUAUCACUGUGGCCGUUUUGGUCAUACUGCCCAGAAUUGCACAUUUCCUCCACCGCCUGGGGAAGAGCAUUACGACCCUAAGCUAUCGACCAAGGAGUCGGGUUACCGGAUCAAUGAAAUCUCCUUGGCUGCCAUCUAUGGUGCGCCGCUCCAAAAAUCAGUGUGGGUGAACCCCGCCACGUUGGGAAAGAGAAAGGGGACUGGUGGGCAGGUUCGGGAGGUGCGGAUGGAGGAUAAGGAAGCGGAAGGAGAUUCAAGCAGGAGAGUUGUCCUUGCUCUGCUUGCCUCCGAAAAGGCUGCUGGGAAGAGACCAGAGAAACAACAGGGUAAGUUGAUGGAGUCCACUAUGCUAGGGAAGGGGACGAAUGUUGAUGCCAUCAAAGGGGAACUUAGGAAGCCGAAGCCCGCGACGGUGGGGGAUCGAGCUUCAGGUAAUUCUAAUGCUAAAGUGAAAGGGGUGGCGGCUGUGGAGGACCGUGGAAAGCAGGGGUUUGGAGACCAGAAGGCUGGAGGUGUGCCAAGGGACGGGAAAGGGAAAGAAGUGGCCCAACACAACCUGGGUAAGUCAAGGGUAGAGAGCAAGGCCACAGCUGGUGGGUCGGGUUCGAUGACAAUGCCGAGGGUGGUCUUGAAGGUGCGGAGUGAGACACUUAAAAAAGAUACGAGAGAGGGUAAAGGUAUUGGAGAAGGACGAGAGGUUGUUGGUCCGAAGGAAUCAAAGAAGGAAGGGAAGAUGGGGUAUGCUCGUACAGGCGGGAAGAAGGAGGGGCAAGCUGGUGAUGGGCCUACGAAGGAGGGUGGGUCGGUUGGGAGUGGUGCUUCUCAGCCGGUGGUGAUAGCGGCUGCAGGGGGUGGGAGCAAGGAAUCGGAGAAGCAUGGGGAUACAGAGAUCUCGGUUUCCCUGUCUUCUGGUAAGCAUAUUGCUUUCCGGAUGACGGCGCCGUCGGAGGAGGAGAUGGGGGACAGGAAGAGGUCGGCGGAAAUUGUUGAGGAUCUUGCUAAGGAUCCUACUCCGGUGAAGAAACUUUGCCUUGAUGAUCCGAUGUAG